CGAUCUCUUUGCAUCAGUGCUCCUUCAGCUCUGCGCGGAUUCCGGUUUAUUACUAAACUUUCACACCAACUCACAUUGGUCUGAAAUUCUUUCAAAAACAACACGUGGACGCGGAGGGGGAUACACGAACAAUUACGUUACUCGUUUUACUAAUUUCGUAAUUAUUCAAGGUCGGUAGAAUAGACUCGUCUGUCGCCGACAAUGGAUGAUCUUUUCGACGUCUUCGAGGACGAGCCUGCCAGCAAGGUCCAGUCCGAGCCUCAAUUAAUAUCGAGGCCAAACAGAUCGAAGAAGAAGGGCAAGAAGAGAAAGGCUGAUGGUGGAAUGAAAAAUGGAUCUACUACUGUCGCGUCCGCCCCUUCUGCACCGGAAGUCGACAUGGCAGACGUACAGCCUACGUCGCCCGAGGAAGACGGCGCUGAAGAGGCCGUGUCCGACAGUCACGGAGACAGCAAGCGCAGAAGGAAAGAUGGCGCGGCGGAACCGGUAUUGACAGAUACUUUCGAGACGGCGGAAUCCAGAGAAGUUGGCGCAGUAGCUGGUUUCGCCCCGACGAAAGACGAAGCGUCGCUAGUCCUGUCGCACAAUAUCCAGCAUCAAGUCGCACUUCCACCAGAUCUCGAUUAUGAAUAUGUUCCACUAUCCGAACACAAACCACCCGAGAACCCUGCGCGAACCUGGCCAUUCACGCUCGAUCCCUUCCAGCGCCUCUCCAUCUCCUCAAUUGAACGAGACGAAAGUGUUCUGGUGUCCGCGCAUACUAGUGCCGGAAAGACUGUCGUGGCCGAGUAUGCCAUCGCACACUGUCUCAAGAAGAACCAACGAGUCAUCUACACCAGUCCUAUCAAGGCAUUGAGCAACCAAAAGUACCGAGAAUUCAACGAGGCGUUCGGUGAUGUCGGCCUAAUGACCGGUGAUGUCACCAUAAAUCCUACUGCUAGUUGUCUCGUCAUGACGACCGAAAUUCUGCGAUCUAUGUUAUAUCGAGGAUCUGAGAUUAUGCGAGAGGUGGCCUGGGUGGUUUUCGACGAGAUCCACUACAUGCGAGACAAGUCGCGUGGUGUGGUAUGGGAAGAGACAAUUAUCCUACUGCCAGACAAGGUCCGAUACGUGUUUUUGUCUGCCACUAUCCCUAACGCCUUCCAAUUUGCCGAAUGGAUAGCGAAAAUCCAUCGACAGGCUUGCCAUGUCGUUUACACCGAUUUUAGGCCUACCCCUCUACAAAACUACUUCUUCCCAUCUGGUGGCACCGGCAUAUUCUUAGUUGUGGACGAGAAGGGUGUCUUCCGAGAGCACAACUUUAACAAGACUAUGCAGCUGGUUGAAGACCGCAAAGCGGCAGCCGAAGCUAACGAGGAGUCCAAGUCAAGGGGCAAAGGAAAGCACAAGAAGCCAUUCAAGGGAGGCAACAACGAUGCCGCCUCGGCCGACAUUCAGAAGAUUGUGAAGAUGAUUAUGAACAAAAACUUCAACCCAGUCAUCGUUUUCAACUUCAGCAAACGAGAGUGCGAGAUGAUGGCCUUGACAACGUCGAAGUUUGCAUUCAACGACGAGAGCGAGAAGGCUAUGGUGCGAAAAGUAUUCGUCAGCGCCAUUGAAUCUCUAUCGGAGGAGGAUCGUGAACUUCCCCAGAUCCAAAACAUUCUUCCGCUUUUGGAGAAGGGUAUUGGCGUCCAUCAUUCGGGUCUUCUACCAAUUCUCAAGGAAACGAUUGAGAUCCUGUUCCAGGAAGGUCUCAUCAAAGUUCUGUUUGCUACUGAGACAUUCUCUAUCGGUUUGAACAUGCCGGCAAAAACUGUUGUCUUUACGAAAGUCACCAAGUUCGACGGCAAGUCCGUCAGACCGUUGACUCCGUCCGAGUACAUCCAGAUGUCUGGACGUGCGGGUCGUAGAGGUCUCGAUGAACGUGGUAUAGUUAUCAUGAUGAUUGACGACAAGAUGGAGCCGGAAACUGCCAAGAAUAUCGUUGUCGGCCAACAGGAUCGCCUCAACUCUGCUUUCUAUCUAGGCUACAACAUGGUUCUAAAUCUACUUCGAAUCGAUGCUAUUAACCCCGAAUUCAUGUUAGAGAACUGCUUCUUCCAGUUCCAGAACACCGCUAGCGUUGCUGGCCUAGAGCACGAGUUGAUGAAGUUGCAGAAAGCACGAGAUGAAAUGGUCAUUCCUGAUGAGGCUACGAUCAAGGAUUAUUACGGUUUACGUCAGCAAAUCUCCCAGUAUACGAAAGAUAUGCUAGCAGUCAUUCAACAUCCGAAUUAUUGCAUCGACUACCUCCAACCUGGAAGGCUCGUGCAAAUCGCUCACCCCAAGACUGGCAAGGACUUUGGUUGGGGCGUCAUCGUGAACAUGACGAAGCGUAAAGAACCGAAGUUUGGUGAAAAGGAGUAUCCGCCACAAGAGUCGGUUUUCUUGGAUGUCUUCCUCCGCCUCGACCCGACUUGUGAUCCAUUUGGGCCUCCGAACCCCUCGACAGCUAUGCCAGAAGGGGCUCGGGCCAGCGAUCCUAACAAGGACUCCAUCUUCGAGGCCAUCCCUUGUAUGCUCACAUGCAUAAAGGCUCUUAGUCAGAUCCGGGUGUUUAUGCCAAAGGAGGUGAAGACUCGGGAGGACGUCGAGUCUGUUCGUAAGCAGCUGCUCAAGUCACUUAAGGAGGUUGAGCGUCGUUUCCCCGACGGCUUACCUGUUCUGGAUCCUAUUGAGAACAUGAACAUCACAGACGACUCGUUCAAGAAGCUACUCCGCAAGAUCGAGGUUCUCGAGUCACGACUGUUGGCUAACCCACUCCACGGUUCGCCUAUGUUGCCGGGACUCUGGGAGCAGUAUUCGGCGAAGAUUGCUCGGGCCGAAGAGAUCAAGGCUUUGAAGAAGAAGAUCGCCAAGGCCCAUUCUAUCGCGCAGCUAGAUGAACUCAAGUCGAGGAAACGAGUUCUCCGCCGUCUGGGCUUCAUCAACGAAUCUGAGGUUGUUCAGAUGAAGGCCCGUGUAGCUUGCGAAAUCUCCUCAACGGAAGGCCACGAAUUAUUAUUGUCUGAGUUACUAUUCAACCGAUUUUUCAACGAACUAACUCCGGAAAUAUGCGCCGCCGUUCUUAGCGUCUUCAUCUUCGAAGAGAAAGUCGAAGCGCAAGCCUUACCCGACGAGCUUAGCAAGCCGUAUGCGCAGGUGCAGGCUCAAGCCCGAAUCAUCGCCAAGGUCAGCCAGGAGAGUAAACUGGAUGUUAACGAGGAGGAAUACGCGCAAAGCUUGAAAUGGCAACUCAUGGAGACGGUGUAUGCGUGGGCGAACGGAAAAUCGUUUGCGGAAGUCUGCAAAAUGACCGAUGCGUACGAGGGUUCCUUGAUUCGUUUAUUCCGCCGACUCGAGGAACUACUUCGGCAAAUGGCGCAAGCAGGAAAAGUUAUGGGUAGCGAAGAACUGACGACGAAGUUCGAGGAAAGCUUAGCCAAGAUCCGUCGUGAUAUCGUGGCAGCCCAAUCGCUUUAUUUGUGAUUUUGCUUUACUACAUUUGACGGCACUAUUUCCAACCACCUUCGCGUUCUUAGCAUCUUACAGCUAGAGAAAUUACCUAGGUAAGUGGAUGGAUGAGGAUGACCGGCUACGCAAUUACCCGCGACUGUCAAUGACGUGGUGGUUUACCACCCGUUCAUUCGACUUCGAGAACGGGAACUAUGCGAAGGAGGCUUAAUGGGCCCGCAUUUCGUCACGGAGUUCAAGGAUGGGAUACCACUCUGUUUCGGGAUCGAUGACAGAAACCGGGCCUGACGGGUAGUGUUGUUUCUCUUUUGAGGAGCAACA